CUUUCCUCGUGCCCACCAUGUAAUUUAAGUAGUUUAUGCUGAACAAUUCUAUGUAAGGCUUAAUUGUAUCGUGAUAUCGUAUUACCCUGAUAAAUAAGAGUUGGUUUAUCACAAACAAAACUUUGAUGCCUUAGGAAAUAGAGAAGAUUAGUUCAGGGAAAAAAUAGUCUGUACAAACUGACUCUAAUAUAAUCAAUACAACAAUAUGUAACGAAGCUGGUAAGAGCUGCAAUUACAAGCUAUUAAAAUGAUCUAUAGAAGCAACAACUUAUACGGAUAUAUCGCCGCAAAAAACAAACAAAAAACUUGUACGGAUAUAUGUUUGAUCAGGACCUAUGAUACUAUGUCUUCUUCCAUAUUGCUCUACUGUUGUUGUACAUUUAUAAUUGCAUCCUUCAUAUCAACAGUAUGCUACGAUAAUUGUAUCCUUCAUACCAAUAGUAGCUACGAUAUCAACAGUAUGUAUAAUUGUAUCCUUCGUACCAACAGUAUGCUACGAUAUUAACACCACCUAGUCUCUUUGUCAUCUUAGUUGUUUACAAUAAUCUUUUGAGAUUAUGAUCCCUCUACUACAGUUGCAGCAUGUAUUACAAAUGGGGAAGUAGUUCAUGGGUCUGGUCUUAAAAGUGAUGAUGACGACAAGAGUUGUCUCUUGAAUGUGAUUAUCCAGUCAUUAUGGCAUUUAAGGGGAUUCCGAGAUGAGCUGCUCAAAACAUCGUCACGCUAUAAAUAUGUUGGAGAUCCUGCCGCUGUUUCUUGUGUUGUAUGUGCGUUAUGUCAUAUUUUUACCGAGUUGAGCAAAGUAUCUAAGGGGGAAGGAGAGGCUGUUGCACCUACUUCUUUGAGGAUGGCUUUGAGCAUCUCAUUCCCCGCUGAGAAGUUAAUUCGGAUGGGACAAAUGAAUGAUGCAUCUGAGGUAUUGGAGGCAAUCUUAAGACGCAUGCAUGAUUCAUACACUUAUCGUGCUGACUACCAUGCUGAAUCUCACGAGCACAAUUGUAGUGGCUCAUGGGAUUGUGCAAACAAGGAUUGCAUUGCACACACUAUAUUUGGUGCAGACGUCCAUGAAAGAAUGAUCUGCUACAAUUGUGGGUUAGAGUCUAGACAACAAAAAUAUACAUCAUUUCUCCAUUAUAUCAAUGAUUGUUCACUUAAUUAUGCAAUGAGGAUCUGUCCAGGCAAUCCAUUUGAUGAUAUUUUGAAGGCUGUGAUGAUGGAUGUCCACAGAACUUGUGAUCCUGAUGUGGGUGGCUGUGGAAAAUCAAAUCAUAUGAGCCACAGUCUCUCUAGUUCCCCUCAUGUUUUCACAGUUGCUUUGGGAUGGCAGACUGGAAAUGGGAGUGUGAGGGACAUGCUACCUCAUAUUUUGGCUGCCCUUGGGACAGAGAUAGAUUUGGGCGUUAUCUACCCUGGUGCAAGUCGACGGAGCAAACACUCCCUGGUGUCAAUGGCUUGCUUCUACAGCCAGCGCUAUAUCUGUUUUGCUAUCGAUGGCGAGCACUGGGUCCUGUAUGAUGACCAGACUGCUGAGGUUGUUGGUGAUUGGAUUCAAGUGCUCAGUAUGUGCGAGGAAAAGGAAAUGCAACCUCUGCUUCUUUUCUUCGAAGCUGCAAAUUGAUUGAUUGUUCUUCUGCCGAAAAGUUUUGGCUUAAGGAAGGAUGUUGAUUUGACGUGAAACAUUGGGAUGCUCUUUGUAAUUUUGAAAAAAUAGUCUAGUUAAAUUGUUAACUGUGUCU